AUGGCUGCUGUCAAAUGUCUUAACCCGAAAGCCGAAGUGGCUCGUGCUGCACAAGCUCUUGCUGUUAAUAUCAGCGCCGCCAAAGGACUGCAAGAUGUUCUCAGGACCAAUCUGGGCCCGAAGGGUACCCUUAAAAUGCUGGUGUCUGGUGCUGGUGAUAUUAAGUUGACCAAAGAUGGCAAUGUUCUUCUGCAUGAAAUGCAAAUUCAGCAUCCAACUGCUUCCCUAAUUGCUCGAGCUGCCACUGCCCAGGAUGAUGUUACAGGAGAUGGGACCACUUCCAAUGUCCUGCUUAUUGGAGAACUCCUCAAGCAGGCUGAGCUUUAUAUCUCUGAGGGUCUUCAUCCAAGACACAUCACUGAGGGAUUUAAUCUUGCAAAGCAGAAGGCUUUGGAGGUGUUGGAGGAGGUGAAAGUGACCAAAGAAAUUGACCGUUCAAUUCUGAUGGAAGUGGCCAGAACUUCUCUGCAUACCAAGCUGCAUCAUAAAAUGGCUGACACCCUCACUGAGCAUAUCGUCGAUGCUGUUUUAGCCAUUCGCCGGCCCAAUGAAGCGAUCGAUUUACACAUGAUUGAAGUCAUGGAAAUGAAACAUAAAACUGAUAUGGAUACUGUUUUGAUUCGAGGAAUUGUCAUGGAUCAUGGUGCCAGACACCCAGAUAUGAAGAAGAGAGUUGAAGAUGCUUACAUUUUGACCUGUAAUGUUUCUCUGGAAUAUGAAAAGACCGAAGUCAACUCUGGCUUCUUUUACAAAAGUGCUUCAGAGCGGGAGAAACUGGUCGAAGCCGAACGUAAAUUCAUUGAUGAUCGUGUCAAAAAAAUAAUUGAAUUAAAAAAAGCAGUUUGCAACAAUAACAGCAAGAAUUUUGUGGUUCUCAACCAGAAAGGCAUUGAUCCCUUCUCUUUGGAUUUAUUGGCCAAGGAAGGAAUUGUUGCUUUGAGGAGAGCCAAGCGACGUAACAUGGAGAGGUUAACCCUAGCCUGUGGUGGUAUUGCUAUGAAUUCUGUGGAAACUCUCACUCCUGAUUGCCUUGGUCAUGCUGGUCUUGUCUAUGAACAUGUUCUGGGUGAAGAUAAAUUCACAUUCAUUGAAGAAUGCCAGAAUCCCCAGUCUGUAACAAUUCUCAUCAAAGGACCGAAUAAACACACCCUCACACAAAUCAAAGAUGCUGUUCGUGAUGGUCUCAGGGCUGUCAAAAAUGCAAUUGAAGAUGGCUCUGUCCUGCCUGGAGCUGGAGCUUUUGAAAUUGCUGCCUAUCGUGAAUUGAUGAAGUACAAAGAGGAGGUGAAAGGCCGAGCCAGAUUAGGUGUCCAGGCCUAUGCUGAAGCCAUUUUGAUUAUUGUUAAAGUGCUGGCACAAAACUCUGGACUUGAUCCUCAAGAGACAAUGGUUAAACUACUUCAAGAAUACACUUCUCCUUCUCAAGCUGUGGGCAUUGAUAUAAAAACUGGUGAAGCUUUGAUCCCAGUUGAUGCUGGUAUCGUUGACAACUACAGGGUUAAGAAACAACUACUCCAUUCAUGUACUGUAAUUGCAAGCAACCUUCUACUUGUGGAUGAAAUAAUGCGGGCAGGAAUGUCCUCUUUGAAAGGAACCUAA